UGCUCCCCCGUCUGCUCCUCUAAUGCACACAGCCAGGCCAAGCGAAGAACGCCCCAAUACACUUACGAAGCAUUUAAAAUGGAGAAGGAAAUUUUCCCUACCUCUUACGAAAAGAGGAGGAACAUGUACAAUAACAUACUGAGCAGCAGCACCUCCUUCGACGCGUUUGACGUGAUGGAUGCGGACGCCAAGGAGAGGUGCUCUCCAAGGUGCUUGAAGCAGACAGGGGGAAGUACUUCCACCUGCAGAGAUGGGGAUGAAUGCACAUACCCACCCCCCGUAAAGGAGGAAGAGGCUCCUUCACUUCUGCGUUACACAAGUCGAUACAGGAGUUUGUGUCUCUACUCGACCAGCCAGGCAAUGCAUGGCACACGCUUCACCAGAGAAAAUACAAAAAGUAGCAUUCAAAAAAAGAGGAGAACCUUAGCAAAAUGCAGGACACUUAAAAUGGAUAGAAGGUACGAAAAUUACUACACGCUUAUCCACAGGAAGAAGCAUAACAGUAGUGUGUAUUUUAAGAGGAAAAAAAAGAAUGCAGUUCGAGGGGGUACCCUCACAGGCGAGCUGAACAGAAGAGACAUCACAUUCUUUGCAGGCCAUCCGUUGAAGGACGUGAGCAAAUUUGAAAAUGUUUCAGCUUCGAUCGAUGCGUAUCAUCCUACAGGAGGGAGUGCACACAUGAUAUUCCACCCUGAGGAGGAACACCUAGAGGAGGUACUCCCCUCAGAGGAUACACUAGACAAACCAAACAGGGACAAAUACCUCACAUACAUCUCCCAUUCGAUAAAAAGGCAAGAGAGAAAAGUCAGCUGCUUCGAAAAAAAUGCAGAUCGGAUGCUCGAUCUGGUGGAACUUGUGCUUUACAACAGAAUGAAGGAAGCUUUUUUUUUAAAGGAGAGGAUCUGCGACGGAGAGAGAUAUAAGGAACUGUGUCCCGACGUCUUCUUCUUCGAAAACGACGACGACCUCAUCGAAACGAUGGACCGAAAGUGCAGAUUCUUGCCCAAAGUACCAGCCAAGGAAAAUCUCACCACCUAUGUGGGUCCCUCCCCCUCCCUCAUCUUCGGAGAGCACUACUCCACGUAUAAAUAUUUUUUCAAACUUGUGAAGGUACACGUAAAGCUUUACAGCUGGCCCGACCCCUACGACGCAGCCAACACAGUACAGAAUAAAAGUUUGAAAAACGUGAACUGCUCUGAUCUCCUAUGCAGUUACAAAAGGGGAAUGCUUUAUCCAUGUGGGACUGACAUACGAAGGGCCACCAAAGUGGACAACGCGGGGAACACGAAAAAGAAGGAGAAGACUUUGUUCCCGUUCCUUCAGUUUACUCCUACGAGAGAGGACAAGACGGAGAUGCAACAAACGGAAUACAUAAGCGUGAACAGAAUUCCCCAGGAUUUAAUUCACCUCUUAAAAUAUAGAAAUGUCACGCUGAGGUGA